AUGUCGGCUACCUUGACCAAGUCCAUGCGCACCGCUGCCCGCGCCGGCGCCCGCCAGAUGUCGUCGCACGCGACGGAGGCCGAAGCCCUCCAGCAGAUGACCUUGUGGACGAACGUCUCCAAGGCCAUGAUCGCGGGCAUGGCCGGCUUGACGGUCGUCACGGCCAUCAGCCACGCCGGCGGCCACGAGCACCACCACGAGGGCGAGCCCAUCGUCUACGCGCACAACAAGCUCCGCACCAAGCCGUACCCGUGGAAGUACUCGGACUGCAACUUCUUUGACCUUGAGUGCAAGGCCAAGGCCAAGGCUGCGGAACAGGCGUUGAACUAG